GCUGAGCAAGAGGCACACUGUCAGAACGAGAGGGAGGUGGACGUUACUGCAUCUAAGUGGUGUGAGCUGACGUACUACAAAACUGAAGAUGAUCUGAGUUCGUAUCCUAAGAAAACAACACCAGGAGGACAUGAAGAUGGUGGGAUACUAAAUCCUGAGAGAACAACACCAGCACUCGCAGAUGAAGACGUGCGAGUCCUCCUGCAGCAGCUGACAGCCAGAGUGGAGAAACUGGAGAGAGAGUGUGAGGCCAGAGGUAAAUCUAAGGUGGCGUUCUCCGCCUCACUCUUCACCACUGAGGAGUGGACUCAUCGGGGGCCUUUUAAUGUCGAGACCGAGCUGGUGUUCAAGAAAGUGACAACAAACAUUGGCAACGCAUACAACAACAGAACAGGCAUCUUCACUGUUCCCAUGAAGGGACUCUACUACGUCCGGUUCACCGGCUGCGUGGGAAACUCUGGGUCCCUGAACGCAGUGCUGUUGAAGAACGGCGAGAAAAUGUUCGCAAUCUACAACACGGUGGGCUCCCACAGCAGCGGUUCCAAUGGCAUGACGCUGGUCCUGGAGGAGGGGGACCAGUUGUGGGUUCGCCUCUGGUCCGAGCAGAGCAUCUUUGAUCAGAGCCGGCUCAGCACCUUCAGCGGCUUCCUCGUCUUCCCCAUGUAGAUGUAGGAAUUGUUUUGAAAUGCCGAGCACGAAACUGCAGCUUUCCCUACUGUUGGUCUGAGAUGAAGAAAUAAA